GCCUCCAACGAACGAAUCAGCCACCCUUGUCUCUCUGUAACUCGAUCGCAAGCUAUGGCGGUGAAGGUGAGUAUGGCUCAGAAGAAGAUCGCGUAUGACGCCAAGAUCUGUAAGCUUCUGGAUAUGUACUCCCAGAUCCUCAUCGUGACCGCUGAUAAUGUUGGCUCCAAGCAACUCCAGGACAUCCGCGCUGGCCUCCGUGGCGAUUCGAUUAUCCUUAUGGGUAAGAACACCAUGAUAAAGCGCUCCAUCCGUGUUCAUGCAGAGAAGACCGGCAACACCGCUAUUCUUGCCCUCGUCCCUUAUCUCGUCGGUAAUGUUGGGUUGAUUUUCACUAAAGGAGAUCUGAAAGAAGUGAGUGAUGAAGUAUCCAAAUACAAGGUUGGAGCACCGGCUAGGGUUGGUCUUGUUGCUCCAGUCGAUGUGGUUGUUCCCCCAGGAAGCACUGGACUUGAUCCUUCCCAGACCAGUUUCUUUCAGGUUUUGAACAUACCUACAAAGAUCAACAAAGGUACUGUGGAAAUUAUAACUGCAGUGGAUCUGAUCAAGAAGGGGGACAAGGUGGGGUCAUCUGAGUCAGCUCUACUUGCCAAGCUUGGCAUCAAACCAUUCUCUUAUGGGCUGGUAGUUAAUAAUGUAUAUGACAAUGGAUCUGUGUUCAGCCCUGAGGUUCUUGAGCUUACUGAAGAUGAUCUCAUUGAGAAAUUUGGUGCUGGUUUAACCACUGUGAUCUCCUUGUCUAUGGCUCUUUCUUAUCCAACUCUUGCUGCUGUCCCUCAUAUUCUCAUCAAUGCCUACAAGAACAUCCUCUCCUUUGCAUUAGCAACAGAUUACUCUUUCCCACAAGCUGACAAGAUCAAGGAAUACCUGAAGGAUCCGAGCAAAUUUGCUGCUGCUGCUGCACCACUUACUGCCGCUCUAGCUGGUGAUGAGCCAUCGGCUGCUGCUCCUAAAGAGGAACCCAAAGAAGAACCGGAAGAAUCAGAUGAAGAAGGUGGCCUUAGUGGAUUGUUUGACUGAUGAGUUCGCAAUUUAAAAUUUAUUUAAUGUAUGUGUGCUAGCUGUUAGGAUUACAUAUCACUGUAUCCUCUCUAUGAAGCAUGAUUUUGGUUUAAAACUAACUUCCUUUUUAUUGAGUCAUUUUUGAGAGAGAAAUCUUAAAGGGUUAUAAUGUGUUUAGCUUGCCCAAUUAAUUACCGCUGUUUCACUUUCUUUCCUCGAAUUAUUUUGUAUAUUUUUAUUACAUCUUUUUUAUUUUGGUCCUACUUUGGUUAUUUUACUUUUCUUUUUACUUGUCUUCUUUCCUUUUUGGGUUGUCUCAAAAUGAAUGAAUGAAUUUUCUUUUGCAAGAUAU